AUGGUAGGUCAUAUAGUUAUUUCGGCAAAAUCUGCUCUAUUUUCUCUCAGUAUUAAGAACCUAAGAGCUGGCAUUUUAAUGGUAAGUUUUGUCUCAAUCGCUUCAAGUGAGCUGAUUAGUCGCUGUCUCGCCUUGCUUAGUCGCACGAAUGAAGCUGACACUAACCUGAGUCUUGGGAGAGGUUGUCAGGCGAUGUACGCAAAUCCAACGGGUUUGGGACCUGAGAUAGCGUACUUCAACAUGUUACUGGUCAAAAAGAAGAUCUCUCUAUCAAACCUCUGGAUGCACAUUCACUUUUGCGACCAGAAGCGAUUGAAGCCUGGUUCUACCUCUACAGAACGACUUGUGACAAAACUUAUCAAGAAUGACAGUGUCAAGGAAAUCCCUGUUACAUACAGAGAUCUGAUGGAACUGUUUUUAUCUGCUAAGAUAACCUUUUCCACCUUCAAAAACUGCAAAUGCUGGAUCCAAGCAAAGAAAAUGCCGGCGAAAGCAAUGGAGCAAGUCUCAAGAAUGGAGUCUGUCCGGAGUGUAGCAAGCACCUAG